CGUCAGUUGAUGUCCUGAUCUUCGGCAAAGCUGCCAUAAAACAGAAGGAGCUGCCGAGAUCGAGCGAGUCCUCGUUGUCAAAGUGUGCUGCGACCAUCUCUGAGUACACGAAUAAAAAUAACAAAGUUCAAUAAUUCGUCGAUGAUGUCAAUAUCAAUUUUUCUGCUGUUUUUCAAGUUUCUGGUGCUGCUGAUUGUCAGUAUCGAUGCACAACGCCAAAACUCGCGGACGGAUUGUACGGUCGACGGCCAAAUGGGCUCGUGUAUAAUCGCACGUGACUGCAUAUUCGUGUCCAACAUUGUGAAACAGUCACGGGAGCAGGCGAUCACUUAUUUGAGACGCAAUCAUUGCGGCUUCGAGGGCUCGAAUCCGAAGGUGUGCUGUAUUAAUAGCGCGAAUAUCGAUACCCGUCCGGGCGGCCAUGCGACAAAUCCGGGGACUACACAAAGCUGGUACUCUGAACCAACUACCCCGCAGUCUGUUGAUAAUACCCAGAUAGAUCUGACGAACAAUCCAUUACUGCCAAACGACUGUGGCAAUGACCUGUCGCAGAGAAUCCUUGGCGGUGAACGCACUGAGCUCGACGAGUUCGCCUGGAUGGCACUGUUGGAAUAUCAAAAACCCAAUGGCAGAGCAACGGCAUGCGGAGGAGUCUUAAUCAGUAAACGUUAUGUCCUCACUGCCGCUCAUUGCAUCAAAGGCAAGGACUUACCAACCAAUUGGCGCCUGACCAGCGUUCGCCUGGGCGAAUACAACACCGACACCGAAACGGACUGCAUACAGGAUAGCGAGACCACUGAAGUGUGUGCUGACGAUCCAAUAACCGUAGGAGUGGAAGAGCAAAUUGCCCAUGAGGAGUACCGGCCGUUAUCGCGAGAUCAACGUUAUGAUAUUGCGCUGCUGCGUCUCAGCCGCGAUGUGACGUCCACCAGAUUUGUCAAGCCCAUUUGCCUGCCGACCAAUGCGUCGUUGGGCCACAAGCUCUACGUAGCUGGCUGGGGCAAGACGGAAACCCGUUCAGCUUCGAAUAUUAAACUGAAGUUAGCACUGCCUUUGGCGGAUAAGGACCAGUGUACUCAAACCUAUGGCAACGCCGGUGUCGAACUGGGUUACGGACAGAUCUGCGCGGGUGGCCAGAAAGGCAAAGACUCGUGCCGGGGUGACUCAGGUGGGCCUCUGAUGGCUGUCGAGAGGUAUCCUGAUGGUACCGGCAAGUGGGCCACCGUGGGUGUUGUAUCAUUUGGACCAUCGCCUUGUGGCAUGCAGGGAUGGCCUGGUGUGUACACGAGAGUGAUAGACUUCGUCCCCUGGAUUCUUAGCAAAUUAAAACCGUGAAGAGAGACAUUAUAUAUGAAGAAAGUCAUCUUGAUCGUUGCUUGUAGACGACUUUUUUGAGAAAUGCGUAGAGUUACAUAAAUCAUUACUUCCGUAGUCUGACUUGCAUCCUCUAGAAUUAAUUAGCCCUGCAAUGAUUCAUUUAUGUAUUAAUUAAAAUAAAAAUAUUAUAUAUUAAUAAUUUUAUAGAAAUUUCUUUGAAAACAUUAAUAAACAGAAUUCGAAAAAAUACACACAUAUACUGAAAAUUUCAAAUUGUGAUAAAUAAGUUACGCAUAUUAUUAAUGAGAUGAGAAAUGAGAUUCACAUGAUAUAAUGUAAUAAUAACUGU